AGGCGUUCAUCUGGGGAGCUUUUCCGUGAGAUUCUUCGCACUGAUGACACCCCUAACCCUGCGCUUGUCAGCCCUGCACAAAACGGAUUUGAACACAGUAUCACCGAUUCACAGACCAUUGAGCUUCUCAUUGGGGAUCAGAUCACUACGCGGGAGCUGAACGACCUCAAAACACUGCAGUCUGAGCUGUCUCCUCAGUCCAGUGUCUCCUCUGAGAGCGACAUCAUCAGCGAGACGGAGGAUCCUCUCAGAGAUCAGAGCAUCCUGGAGGAACUCUUCUACAAGGGAGUGAGGAGUAGCAGUGAUAGUAGUCUGAGUGAUCUAUUGAGCAGUGAAGAGGAUGACGUUGACACCGAGAAACGUCGGUCAUCCAAGCACAGGAGACGACGAUGGCCCUAUGAGAGCUCUUUGAGUGAUCCUGGCAAUCAGAGACCACCUUCAAGAAAGGACAAGCAGCAGCCGUCCACAGACAGCACGCCAGUGAAGGACCAAGAUAACAGGCCGGCAGCCCAGAGACCCAAAGCUCUGCCGGACCCAAGGCACUCGCAGAUGGAGAAGGCAAGCGAGAAUGCUCGGCUCAGGAGACGGCACAGUAGUAUGAGCGAGGCUGCCAGUAGUGACUCUGAUGCAAGCAGGACAUCCAGGGUAUCCUUCCAAGAACCUCUCGUGGAAAAAGAAGUAAAUCCUGCCGACGGAUUAAGUGUUCAACGCCUCACGUUACUAGGAAGGAUCCACAUCGCCCGAGUAAUGAUAGACUCCCUCACCUUGCGAACCCCGCCUGGAGGGGGCACACCAGAUGUGAGGCCCUCUAGAGGCGGACGAGGGAGAGGCAGACCCCCUAGGCCAUCCACAAAACCAAAGACUAAAAAGUGUACUUAUUUUGUGGAGUAUCGUUUCCCGGUUACUGCCUCUCCGCGGGAGCAGAGCCUGGUCAACAACAUGGCAACUGAGGUCAUGAGGCUGGCCUCUAAGAAAGUAGACAGCAAUGGAGAAAUUACAUUUGGUCAUCGGUCUGUGUUCCCUGUUCGGUUUGACGGGACGGCCGUAGACAGCUGGUGGAAGCAACUUCUGGUCUUCAAGAUCUUCUCACGCACAGCCGGCCAAAAAUCGCCCGUUUUCCUCGGCGUAGCCAGCCUGCCAUUGCGAUCAGUCCUACAGUCGCCAGACCUUUCCUUGCUCAAUAUAGAGGUAGAUGCAAGGGACAAGACUCAGUCCGAUUCCCCAACCAUUACAGGCGCUGAUGAGUCCAGCGCCAGUGGAAGUGCGAAGGAUGCAGUCGUUGGCACACUGAAGAUGUCCAUCGAACUGGCGUCAGACAGCAAGGAUUUCCCCACGGCGUUAGCCAGGAUGAAACUGGCCGAGCUGAGAGGAGCCAAGAUCUGCCCGCUACCGUCCAACCAGCCACACCUGCCCAUCAAGAUCCCCACGGGAUCCGUGGAGAGUGACAGCAAGAGCUCGUCGCGGAGUGUGCAGACGGAUAGUUUAGCAGCCCAGGUUGCAGAGAGCACCUCAGGUGAUAAGGACGAGCCCCCUACCUCUGGCAGAGAGCCCACGGAGGGGGUAAAGACAAGUAACGGACACAGCCAACCUCAGCCCAGCCGGAAGCAGGCACAGAGGGGAGAAGAGAGACUACAGGAACAGCCAAGCAGACAGAUGACAGAUGAAAAGAUUUACGUAAACUCACAAGAUGAUGCUGCACCAAAGACAAAGACCCAAUAUGAGGCCAGGACCUUGCACUCUUUACUCUCAAUCCCUGAGGGAAGAGCGGUUACGUUCCACGGUGUCGCCCCGUUGAUAUCGGGUAGCAAUAUUCCCCAUGUGCCACCUCAACCACACGCAGGUCUGGGAGUUGGGAUAUCAGGGCUUGGUGGCAGGGACCAGACGACAAGGAAUACCUACCUUGUGUGCCGUUUGUUCUGGAGUGACGACUCCGUGAGAUCCAACGUGUGCUGGGGCACCACGGAACCAGACUAUAACUUCAUGCAGGUGUCUCCGGUGCUGCUCACCCCGUCGUUGCUGGAACGUGCCAGGAAUAACUGCAUGGUGAUUGAGGUGUGGGACAAGAAAACGUCAGCUCAAAAUGACCAACUUGUUGGCAUUGCCAAACUGCCACUGCACCAGUUCUACAUGUCCUUCCGAGAUGAAAGGAUUGCCAGUACCCUACUCAAGUCACAGUACCCAGUUGUAGCGGUCGACAAUUACGUGAACAUCGUAGACCCUUUCACUGGGGUCCAGUAUGGCCAGCUGAAAGUGCUGCUAGCUUUAGGGUCUUCCGAACAGAUCUCUGCUCUUCAGAGACUGAAGUGCGACAAGGAUGCACUAGAUACCAGACCCUCCAGGCCUGGUCACUAUCUAGAAAGGGGCGAAGCUGUUACCAGGAACAUGGCAGAGCAAGACUCAACACAAGACGAGCUUGUCGAGCACAUCUUUGAGGUCGUGGUAGAGGGCGUGCGUGGCUUGCCGCAGCUUGAAGACACGGUCUGGGGAGAAGCCGACUGCUUCGUUCAGUAUCACUUCCCUUCCCAGUCACCGCCUAGAGGAGCUCCUGAUAGUGCUAAUACCAUGUCAGUUGGCCCCAUCCUGGCCCCCCACCAGACCCCCACCACCCUCUGCAUGCCGGACCCUACCUUCCACGAUGUAUCCAGGCACAGGCUGCAGCUACCGAGGGGCACGCCGGUGCAGAGAGAACUCCUCACUGCAUGUGCUGGUGUUGGCGGUGGAGCCGGGGGUAUUCCGUUUGAAGUAUGGUGCCGCUACUACUACCCCAACAUCAGGGACCAAGUUGUUGCUAAAACGAGCCUGCCCCUUGCCAAGCUGUGCGCCAUGGUGACCAUGCAGAGACGCGGGGAGCCCAGCGUCCAGACGUUCUCCCUGCCGCUCCGGCUGCAACACCCAGACCAGGACUCGCUGACCAAGGAACAGAUUGCUAAGUUGCAAGAUGCUGGCUUACUGGACGUGACAGUCAACUAUCGCCACAAUGUAGUGCAGGGAGGAGGUUCCAUUCCUAGGGGCAGGGAGACAGGGGGUCCACAAGUCUGUUUGUCAGUGGGCGUCCUGAGAGCAUGCGGCUUGAAGAGUGCUGCAGUGUCCCUUGCUCAGUUCGACAGCAGCCUGCAGUAUGCCAGUGAAGUUGGGGUGAACGCCUACAUCAAGAUGGAGCUGUCAUUUCUGUCUAAGCAGGAUGUACGCAUCACCCAGACCGUGGCCCGUACCUUUGCCCCGGAGUUCUCCCACCAUGUAGACUUCCCCUGCCCGCUUCUCUUUGAUGAUCAAGACAGUGAUCAGCUGAGCCUGGCCGAGGCCCUGGAGACAGCCGAGAUGAAACUGGAGGUUUGGCAUCAGGUCCCCGGCUUCAAAUCAGACCACGACGCCAACUUUGUCACCAUAGACAGCGGCACCAACAAAGCGGCUGGGAUAUCUGCUCAUAGACUGUUUGCGCCAACCGGGGAUAUUCUGCUAGGGACUGCCAUGGUGCCACUGCAAGCCAUCCUGUCUCACAGAACAGGUCUGCAGGGAUGGUACCCCUUGUCGAUUCCUGCCCCUGGAUGGACCAACCAGCCCUCUGUCCAUCACUCUGGCCAUCCGCCAGACCAUUCUGCAUCGGAUUCACCCCAGGCAUCCCGUGGGCGGGGCUUGGAUCGAGUGGGAGGCGGCCUGGAGCUGUCAAUCAAGUUUGCCCAUCAGGGAGACCGGGACCGCGUCAUCGAUGCUGGUAGGAGGGUUGGCUGGUCACCGGAUGUGGAGCUGGAAGGCCUGGAGGAGUUGUGGGAUGAUGAAGGCGCUUCGGCUGGUUCCUACUCUGCCGAAAUUAAUGUGAACAUAGACUCUGCCUGGUUCCCUGUACACGCAGCCCUGCGGCCAGGCCAGCAAGCUUUGGACACCGCUGCCAAAGCCUACAUCCGUUAUAAGCUGUAUGACAAAGGUUCCAUUUGUUCCAAGUUGUGUUACCUGGAUGCGAAUGAUGAGAAUUAUAUAACAGCAGACCUCAAGCACGGCCAUCACUUCCACACAGCGCUGACUCAACCCCUGGCUUGGUAUCUCAGAGAAGAACGACUUGAGAUUCAACUCUGGGUCAGCUACAACGGAGAGCUCUCACCGACCGACACCGGUCACACCCGCCCAAGGCAACGGGACAAGCUGAUUGGCUGUGCCUACGUGGACAUGUCGGCACUGUGCGACAAAAGAAUCAAGCAGCGUAGAAUAAGUGGGCUGUAUCCAUUGUUCAGGCCAGGAGCCAGUGAUCUAGGCGGAAGCUGCAUGAGGGUUCAUCUCAGCUUGAAGCACGCCCAUGUUGAUUCUCAUCGCCAACAGGAAUCAGCUGACGAAGCCAAGAUGCCCUUACGAGAUGGUAUCAGACAAAUCCAUCCAUCCCGACCUCAUCACCAAGAACACCCCGUGGAUGCUGAGGAAGAGGCGGCGAGGAGACAGGAAGAUGAGAGGAGACAACGGGAGGAGGAGGAGGAACAGGAGACGAGGAGGGAGAUGACCAAGCCGGUCCUGAUGGGUGUGGCUGUGGAGAGAGCCAUGCAUCUGGUGUCAGUCCCUUCCAGUAACAGACUGGAGGACAGCCUGCCAAGCUGCUACGUGACAUUCCAGUCGGCCGAUGGGAACCCUAUCCACACCCCCACCGUGCCAAACUCUGCCCAGCCCGUCUGGGGGUUUGAACAGGAAGUCAAAAUCAGCGCCGAGGUUCUUGAUCGCCAGAGUUUCAUCUUCAAGGUGUGGCACCAGACCUCGUCCGAGCCCGACAUGAACAGCGAUCGUAUGCUGGGCUUUGCCUCGGUGGACCUGGCCCCUCUCCUGGCUGGCUUCCGCAGCCUGAAUGGCUGGUAUAACAUCCUGGACUUUGGCGGCCACUGCCGGGGCCAGAUCAAGGUCUCCAUCACGCCCAGGGAGAGCGUGUCACCUCUCAAACGCUCACCCAAACCAAAGACGAGCCCCAAUACCUCGGCCAUCCUGGCCCAGGGCUUCCCCCACAUUCCACUCACGACGCUGUCAUCAUCAUCAUCUCACCCGCCCAGCCUGCCUGCCAGAUCAUCCUCCCCUCCCAAAUCCACCAACCCGCCGUCAAACCACUACCAGGAACACCUGCAGAAUGUUAGAAAGUUCCACGCCGACCUGCACGAUAGGCUACAGACACGGCAACCGGACUCCACCACUUCUGAGCAGGGGAGGGACAGCAGGAGGGGAACCAAGACGGCAGCUGUUGUCAGUCUUGGAGAUGGUGGCCUGCUACCAUCUUCUGUGUCCAGCUCGUUCCUGAUGCAGAAUCUCAGGAAAAAUCUGACAGAGCUGGACAGUGUCUACCACAGGCUGCAGCAGAGAUUGGCCCAUGACCCAUCACCGGACAGCGUCAGUCACCCCGAAAACAAACCUUCAGAUGAGCAAGUACACAUUCCUCGCCUUCCAACAGAGAAAAUACCCAACAAUGAUAAUGUUGAGAAUUCAAAUCAACAAGUGCAAUAUUCUACCGGCGAUCGUACCAAUGAUCCCACUCACAGGAGGACUAGUGACGAGGACAUCUUGGAGAAAAUCAGGGCCGAUCUGCGACAAGAGGAUGCAGAGUACAUCUCAGAUGAUGAUGCGGUCAGGGAAGAAACUGGUGGACGGAAUCAUUACUCGGAAAUGGAGGAACCUGCAUCGCCACAAGUUGAGAGCGACUGGGAGGACAGUGUGCAGUUUCAGGACCGCCGAGAGGACAGAGAGAGCGAACCAGAGGAGGACAUCAUCAUCGUACCUAGGCCCUUGAACGACAUCUCCUCUGCGAAUUUCAGUAACGGGGUCCGACCGGAUGCAAACGUUGGACCACAGAUUCAUCAAGGAGGUGAACAAGACUUGGAUGGUGUCAACCAAAGUCAACAGGAUGAUAAAGUUGAAGACAACAGCGAUUCGGGAACGUCGAGGCAACAGAAAUUUGAUGAAAAUGAUGAGGAGCUGGGUCACGCUUCUGAUUUCUUAGGAGCUGGACACGAGCUUGACCUGGAACCGGGCUUGACUGACCAAUUCAGGACGGGCAUGGGUGAUGGGAGACUUCCCAUGGAAUCAAAUGGGAGAACGGGGGUUGCUGGAAAAGGAUUAGAAUCAGAAAUAGCCAAAUCAGACUCUGAAGACGACAAAAACAGAGCUGACACAGAUCAUGUACAUCUGGACAGGGAUGCCAUUGCAGAUGAAAACGCUCAGCAUCCAUCGGAAAGAAGCUCUUCCAAUUCUGAAAACCACAUGCAAAGUCUAAUUCCACCAACCAGCAAAGUCAGCUCAAAGAGUCAAGAUGAUUCUGGAGGAGAAGAUUCAAACUUUGGAAGUGACAACAUGGCUGGAAUGAGACCCGAACACCAAAUUUUGGAACACUCGGACAAGUCUCAAGACAUCAGCAGACGAGGAGACCAUGCAACUCCAAGGAUUAUUGCAGACACUGACAAAGACCAAACAAUGGGCAGAAAUGCUAAUGAUCGUAGAGUGGCCGAAAGCUCUGGAGCCUCUGACCGUGAUGCUGGACGCGGGUCAAAGUCCAGGUCCAACGAGGACUGGCCAGAGCAGAAGGUGAGAGAAGGGGCAAAAGAGGAUGGAGGUGGAGGGAGUCCUGACGAGAGCAGCGACGAAUCAGUGGUGAUCACCAUUGAUUCCAGACAGGCUGAGAAACAGACCGUAGCAGGAACAAGAACAGAGCAGCCAGGCAAUGUGAACCUCUCAUCCUCCCAUUCACCACCCGCCCAGCUUCCCAACUUCUUCCUACCCACGCGCGACCUGGAGGCAUCGAUGAGGGCACUGCACAACGUCACCAGCAUCUUGCCCCGAGUCCAGCCAAGACUGGUUGAAGACAGCGAUGAAGCCACAUCCAGACCAACAGACGCGGCCAAAGAGCUGACCCAGAGGCUGGCAUCCCGUCACUCGUCAUCCAGGUCCCGGGUCUCUAGACCUUCCUCUAAGCCGGCUUACAAGCUACCCACUGCAGAGGAGGCCAGGCGGAUCGCCAAGAUCUUUGCAUCCAGGUUCUCUGAGAGCUGACACUGUGACAUGUGACAAUGGUGACACUGAGGGUUGCUGCUUUGAGUACAGAGGUUGUAAGUCUUAAAGGCAUAUAGGAUCAUUUGCUUUUCAUGCAUUUUGUUAGUUUCCAGUAAUAACACCACUCAAAAUCCAAAGAAGAAUGUUCAAUACCUAACCUGUUGAAGUUUCAGCUCAGUGGAUAUUAUACUUUUCGAGAACACACAUGAAAAACCAUGGAAAACUUUUUAUCACGAAACACAAUUUCGUCGCUCAUCAUCAUCAACAUGUCGGGAUCGCCUGGGUAGUGACGACAUCACGAGCCAGUCCCUGAGUCCUCUUCCUCCAGCUGUCUCGAUCUACCAUGCAGGUGCGCAGCUCCUCUGCAGAUGUGAGAUUAGUGUCCCUCUUGAGCUGGUCCACAAAGGUCAGACUUCUUCUCCCUCUGAAGGCAGUGCCCUGGGUGGGCUCCCACAGUAUGGUUGGGUGGGCAGCAAGCUCAGGGUGGCGGACGCAGUGGCCAGCAAGAUUAAGACGACGCUGUCGCUAGCACUCUGUAUUUCCAAUGAUCAGUCAAAUUGACUGAUCGUUGGAUAUCACCUACAUUUCUUGAUUUCUUCUAAAUGACAGCAAGCCAGACGGAGUAAUUCCAAGGUUUUUUUUAGUACCAGUAGUCGUACAACCUUUAAUCCAAGUAAGCUUUUUUGAUAAUUCAAUAGGUUACUUUUGGGAUAAAUGCAAAUGAUCCUAUAUAGCUUUAAUGGUAUUUAUUUUAGAAUGAAAAUUUACUUGAGCUGGAUUCGAACCUGCAACCCUUCAGGAUAAGCUAUCUAGCACUGUGUUGGCGGUCUCCAAAUCUCUCAAUGUGUAAGUGGAAUCAAUCUUCAGUGAACGAAUACUAACCUUCUGUUCGAUCUGUGUGCAAAAUAACUCAUUGGUGGAGUGAUUGUGUUUGACAAAAAAAUGCUCACGGUUUUCAAGGCAAAUCAAAGUACACUCCCAUUCGUGGGUCAGGCCAAUUCCAUACUCUCACUAGUGACUGCUAUUUGUAUGUAAAAAUACUACAAACAUGUUUUAGCUGUGUGCCUUGGUUGGAAAAAUGCUAAUGCUUCCUAACAAUAUUUUGUGAA